GCUCUGUGUAAUGUUCGCUUCUUGAAGAGCAAUCAUCCAACCAUUAAAAUUGGCGUUAAAACUCCACGAACUAUGUAACGCCGUCUUAGUUUGCGGUUUCGCUCGGCCGCUUUUCUUUAAAUUUUUGGCUGCUCGCCGGCCGUUCGUCGCCGGCCAUGGACCGCAGCCUGAAGCGUUUUCAGUUCCCCUUCCUCCUCCGUCCGCUUUAAAUGUACUUCCCCUUUCUCUGUUCACUUUUCCGCAACCUUUUUUGUUUGAUUUCUGGCCGCUGGGCCUUUGUCACCGCGCGCGACCGCAGCCGAGGCAGAGCUUGAAACCAUAAAUCAAUGUGGGAAAAAGGUCCGACCCAUUUCAAAUUUCGACACCAUGUUUGGAGCUCUCUCAUUCUUAUUCGCUUUGGUUUCUUUAAUCCUUUCUUUCUCAAAUGGCUGUGAAAUUGAUGAAGAUAAUAUUUUCAAUGUCAUUGAUUAUGGAGCCACAAGUGAUGGUUAUACAGAUAAUUCAAAGAUUUCGGGGGUGCUUGUUGCCCCAGAUUCACCCAGCUUGUGGGAUGGGAUGGAUGCAAGUCAGUGGUUAGGAUUUACGGAUAUCAAUGGACUCAGUCUUGAUGGGUUCGGGUACAUUGACGGGCAGGGCCAAUCCUGGUGGGACCAGUCAUGUAAAUACCAUCCUGAGUUGAGACAUUGCACCAAAGUGGCUCCGACUGACAGCAGAAAGUAUGAGAUUGAUAUUAAGUAUUGUAUGGUGUGUAAUCUUGAUAAUCAGGCGUUGAAGUUUCUGGGAUGCAAAGAGAGCAGUGUUAGCAAUUUAAACUUCAUAAAUAGUGCUCAGACGCACAUACUCGUGAGGGGCUGCAAAACCUUCGCCAUUCAAAAUGUGAUAAUACGGUCGCCGGGGAAUAGCCCAAACACUGAUGGCAUACAUAUUCAAUCAUCUCAACAAGUCAUCAUAUCCAAUUCUAGAAUAAGCUGCGGAGAUGAUUGUAUUUCCAUUGGUGACCACAUUUCUGAUAUUGAAAUCAGCAGAGUUGAAUGCGGACCUGGCCACGGUAUUAGCAUUGGAAGCUUAGGAAAACGUGGAAAUUACGUACAAGUGGAGAAGAUUCACGUGGCUGAUGCCUUCCUCAAUGGAACCUCGAAUGGAGCUCGAAUCAAAUCAUGGCAGGUCGGAAGAGGAUAUGUUCGAGACUUAACUUUCGAAAAUAUUAGAUUCAACAACGUCAAGAAUCCCCUAAUCAUCGAUCAGAACUAUUGCAACAUCAGGGGCGCAUGCAAGGAGCGAGAAACUGGAGUUCAAAUAAGCAAUGUGAUAUACAAAGACAUAGUUGGGACAUCCUCCACUGAUAUUGCUAUUGACCUCAACUGCAGUAAGUCUGUAGCAUGCUUUGGAAUAUCAAUGGAGUCCGUAUAUUUAUCGGCAGCAAAAAUCGGGAAGAAGAGACUUGGAGAAAUUCACAUCGAUGGUGCUGGGAAACAAACUUGA